AUGAGAGGUGUAACACCAAACUAUCAUCACUCUUACACCUUAUUUUUCGUUGUCCUGCUUCAGUUUCAUCAUGUCUUCUCGACCAAUACUUUGUCAUCUAACGAAACUCUUACAAUUUCAAGCAACAAAACCCUAGUGUCUCCAGGUAAUGUCUUCGAGCUUGGUUUCUUCAAAACCACCACAAAGAACUCUCAAAAUGGUACUGAUCGUUGGUAUCUCGGCAUUUGGUACAAGACAACCUCCGAGAGAACAUAUGUUUGGGUUGCCAACAGAGACAACCCUCUCCACAACUCCAUUGGAACUCUCAAAAUCUCUCAUGCAAACCUCGUCUUACUUAACCAGUUUAAUACUCCUGUCUGGUCAACGAACCUUACAGAAUCUGUGACAUCACCAGUAACGGCAGAGCUUCUCGCUAACGGCAACUUCGUGCUUAGAGACUCCAAAACCAAAGACCUAAACCACUUCAUGUGGCAGAGCUUUGAUUUUCCGGUGGAUACUUUGCUUCCGGAGAUGAAACUUAGUCGGAAUAUCAAACCAGGAAACGACAGAAUCCUCACAUCUUGGAAAAGCCCUACUGAUCCGUCAAGUGGAGACUUCACGUUCGUACUUGAACCUCAUAAUCACGGGCUACAUGAGUUUUAUCUACUCAAGAACGAGAUCGAAGUGUACCGAACCGGUCCUUGGAAUCAAAACCGGUUUAACGGUAUACCAAAAUUCCAAAACUGGAGCUACAUUGCUAAUAAUUUCAUAGAUAACAACAACGAAGAAGUCGCGUACACUUUCCACGUCAACAACUCCAACAUCCACUCGAGGUUUAGAAUGAGUUCCACAGGGUACUUACAAGUAAUCACAUGGACUAAGACAAUACCGCAACGUAACAUGUUUUGGUCAUUCCCGGAAGAUGCAUGCGAUUUGUACCAAGUUUGUGGUUCUUACGCUUAUUGUGACAUAAACACAACACCUAAUAAGUGUAACUGUAUCAAAGGCUUUGUUCCCAAGAAUCCGGAAGCAUGGACUUUGAGAGAUGCGACAGGUGGUUGUGUGAGGAGCUCGCGGCUAAGCUGUGGGGAAGGAGAUGGGUUUGUGCGGAUGAGUAAGAUGAAGCUGCCGGAGACAAGUGAAGCGAGAGUGGAUAAGGGGAUUGGGUUGGAGGAAUGUAAGGAGAGGUGUGUUAGAGAUUGUGAUUGUACCGGGUUUGCGAAUAUGGAUAUCGGGAGUGGUGGGUCGGGUUGUGUGAUGUGGAUCGAUGAGCUCGUGGAUAUGAGGAACUAUGUUGCUGGAGGUCAUGAUCUUUAUGUUAAGGUAGCAGCUGGUAGUCGUGUCCACUAG